AUGGAGCCUCAAAACCAUACAACUGUGACGGAGUUCAUUCUUCUGGGGUUAACAGAGAAUUCCACACUACGUGUCAUCCUCUUUAUGAUAUUUCUAGGGAUAUAUGCUGUUACUUUAGUGGGAAAUUUCAGCAUCAUUAGUUUAAUAAGAAGCUGCCCUCAACUCCACACCCCCAUGUAUCUCUUCCUCAGCCAUUUGGCUUUUGUGGACAUUGGGUUUUCCACAUCAAUCACACCUACAAUGUUUACAGGAUUUCUUGGAAAUGGAAUGGUACUCUCUGUAGCUGCUUGUGUAGCCCAAUUCUGCAUCACAGUGACAUUUGGGACAGCUGAGUGCUUCCUCCUAGCUGUCAUGGCCUAUGACCGCUAUGUGGCCAUCUGCUCACCCCUGCUCUAUUCAACACAUAUGUCCCGCAGGAUCUGCUUCCUUUUAGUUGGAGCUUCGUAUGUGGGUGGCUGUGUGAAUUCAUGGACA